AAAUUGAUUGUUUCGAAAGAAAGUUUAGUUAUUUAGAACGAGUGAAAUGUUAAAAUUAAAGAAUUCUUACAUUAUUUUAAAUAAAAACAUCAAUUCAAAUCUGACAAAAGAAUAUAAAUUGUUAAUAAUAAAACAACAACAGCCAGCAGUUGCAUUACGCUUCCGAUCUACAGCAUCGGCUAAUGCGUUCAAAAAUGACGAGAAUUGUAAUGCUUCGGCCGCUAAGAAAAAAUGGCAAAAUGCCAAACCUUUCCACGAAAUACCCACAAUAAGUAUUUUUAGUAUGUUUAAAAACUUUUUACCGGGUGGCAAAUAUGCCAAUUUAGAUACAACACAAAUGAUGGAAGCUUUACGUAAAGAUUUGGGUAAUGUGGCCUAUUUGCCCGGAUUUUUAGGUCGCAAGGGUAUAGUUAUUACCCACAAUGUAGAUGAUUUUGAAGUGGUUUUGCGCAAUGAAGGCAUUUGGCCAUAUAGACCGGGUUCAGAGACCCUACAUUAUCAUCGUCAUGUACAUCGGGCAGAUUUCUUUCAGGGUUUUGAGGGUUUAAUAUCAACGCAAGGUGAGACCUGGGGUACUUUUCGUUCGGCUGUUAAUCCGGUGAUGAUACAACCCAAAAAUGUUCGCAUGUAUUUGCAUAAAAUGUCACAAGUCAAUAAGGAAUUUAUAGAAAGAAUUCGUCAAAUACGUGACCCAAAAACUCUCGAAGUUCCCGAUAACUUUGAAGAGGAAAUUAAUCGCUGGACUUUGGAAUCUGUUUCCGUUGUGGCAUUGGAUAAACAAUUAGGAUUGAUAACUAAAAAUCGCGAUAAUCCCGCAGCCAAAGAACUGUUUCAGGCUUUAAACGAUUUCUUUAUGUAUUCGUUGGAACUGGAAUUUAAACCAUCCCUCUGGAGAUAUUAUAAAACCAAAACAUUUAUGAAAUUAAUGGAAAUUUUGGAUAAAAUUGUCGCUAUAACCAGUUCAUAUGUUAACGAAGCUAUUGAACGUAUCGAAGAGGAUCGUAAGAAUGGUGUACCGGAAAAGCCAGAAAAUGAAAAGAGUGUUUUGGAAAAGCUUAUUAAUAUUGAUAAGAAAAUAGCUACAGUAAUGGCCAUGGACAUGUUAAUGGCCGGUGUGGAUACGACCACCACCACAUUUACCGGUUUGAUGUUGUGUCUAGCAAAAAAUCCCGCCAAACAAGAGAAAUUACGUCAAGAGAUUUUGAAAAUUCUACCCCAAAAAGAUUCAGAAUUUGAUGAGAAUGCUUUAAAGAAUAUACCCUAUUUGAGAGCCUGUAUUAAAGAAUCGCAACGUAUCUAUCCCUUAGCACUGGGUAAUGCGCGUGCUCCUGCCAAUGAUAUAGUCAUAAGUGGCUAUCGAAUACCCAAGGGCACUCCGGUAUCAUUGUGUACAGUUUCUCUAAUACGUAAUAGUGAUUAUUAUCCCCAACCAAAUGUAUUUUUACCUGAACGUUGGUUGAGAUCGGAUAAGAAUAACGAUAAUAAUUCAGAAUGUCCUCAUAAUCUUAAGCCCAGCAAUCCUUUCGUACAUUUACCUUUUGGUUUUGGGGCACGUAGUUGUAUUGGCCGACGUAUUGUCGAACUGGAAUGAGAAUUGGGUAUUGCUCGUUUGGUGCGUAAUUAUCAAAUUGAAUUCAAUUAUUCCACCGAUAAUGCUUUCAAAAGUUUGCUGAUAAAUGUUCCCAAUAUACCUUUGAAAUUUAAAUUUACCGAUUUGAAUUAUUAAAAAAAAAACGGGAGAAUUAUUGAUGAUGGCAAUUGAUAGCGAAUGUUGAGGAAAUACUUCAGUCGAAAUAUGUAAGAUUUAUAUGUGAAAUUGUUAUAAAUGUAAGUUAAAUAAAUAGAAUUAGG